AUGAUUUCAUUUGCCACUGUGUACCUGGCAGUGCUCCCAGUUGUAGCUGGCCGAGCACUGCUCGGGGUUAGAGAUGCUUCGGUGGCCUCGAGUACCUGUGCUCUUCCGUCGACGUAUGAGUGGUCAUCAACCGGAUCGCUAGCGAGCCCGCGGACGGGUUUUGUCUCUGUUAAGGAUUUCAGCCACGUUCCAUACAAUGGCCAGCAUCUCGUGUAUGCGUCAGACGUCAAUUCUGGAGGAAGCUAUGGUUCCUUACAGUUCAGUCUUUUCUCGGACUGGUCUGAGAUGACCUCGGCGAGCCAGAAUACGAUGAAUACAGGAGCAGUCGCGCCUUGCCUUUUCUACUUCACUCCAAAGAGCGUAUGGGUACUCGCCUACGAAUGGGGGGCGAGCCCAUUCAAUUACAUGACGUCAAGUGAUCCUACCAAUGCAAAUGGAUGGUCAUCGCCGCAGUCGCUCUCCACUGGAAGCCUCUCCAGCUCAAGCACGGGCCCUAUCGACCCGGCACUCAUUGGUGAUGACACGAAUAUGUAUUUGUUCUUUGCUGGAGAUGAUGGCAAAAUUUACCGGUCCAGCAUGGCCCUCGAUGAGUUCCCGAGCAGCUUCGGCUCGUCUGCAACAGUGGUCCUUAGCGAUUCGACGGACAACCUGUUUGAAGCCGUUCAGGUAUACUCUGUCGAGGGCCAGAAUCAGUAUCUCAUGAUCGUCGAGGCGAUUGGAGCAAAUGGGAGGUACUUCCGCUCAUUCACCGCUACUAGUCUAAACGGAUCCUGGACAUCGCAAGCCACAAGUGAAUCAGCGCCGUUCGCUGGCAAGGCCAACAGCGGUUCCACCUGGACCAACGACAUCAGUAGCGGCGACCUCAUUCGCAGCAGUGCUGAUUAUACGAUGCCCAUCGAUCCUUGCAACCUGCAAUUCCUCUACCAAGGGCGAGCCACCGAUUCCAGUGGCUCUUAUAACCUCCUGCCUUAUCGGCCCGGUCUUCUGACACUGAAGACCUAG